AUGGUGAUGGGUACACAACCGUCGUUGGAAGAGAUCAGAAAGGCACAGAGAGCGGAUGGCCCCGCAGGCAUCUUGGGGAUAGGCACGGCCAACCCUGCGAACCAUGUGAUCCAGGCAGAGUAUCCGGACUACUACUUCCGCAUCACCAACAGUGAGCACAUGACUGACCUCAAGGAGAAGUUCAAGCGCAUGUGUGAGUAUCCCUCUUAA